CUCUGUCGUGUAUAGUAGCGCAUGCUCUUCACACUAUUCUCAAAUGAGAGGUAAAAAAUCUAAAAGAUUUAUUUCCUACGACGAAACCCGCAAACAGCUUCUACUUGAGGAUAACAUCAAUGAAGAAAAAGCAAUUAACCAACUCACUAAGCGUUUGAAAAUAAAGAGAAAAGAUUCCACAAAUCCGCUUUGGAUUCACCAAUGUGGAUUCGAUUAUUUAUUAGAUUUCGAGAAAGAUCUGCAUGACCCGGCUUCUCAGAAACAAUCGGCGGGUGUUCUUGGUGAGAUAGGUGGGAAGAAGAAAUCUGUUGACUUGUAUGGACAAACAAAUAACUCCACGGAAGCUGACAACAAAGCCAAAACCUUGAGAAAGAAAAGAAAGAUUGUUGCCAGUGAAGCCGAUUCUCCUUUUGAAGGUGAUGCACUAACUGGAAUCGAGAGCACACCUGAAAUGUCUUUGACUGAUAGUUCUACAAUACUUCGUCGAACCAUCCGCGGUUGGCUGAAUCGCUUAUCCGAAGCCCAUAUGCAGCGUGUGAUAAUGGAGUUAACUAGUUUAUUCACUGAACAUCCCCGAGCAGUCGUUAGAACUGUUUUAAUUGAGGAACUUGGUGUCAUCUUGGAGGCCUCCCCCAUCGACCCCCAUUCGAACACCGGAUGGCUUCAUCAGGAGCUCGCCGUGUGCGUGGCCUGCAUACACGCAAGCUUGCAUACCAAGUUACAGCAUGACAAUCUGAUCGCUCAAUUAACUGAGAGUUUGCUCGACAAACUAUUUCCUGAACACAAUCUAUUAGACUCGAGCAACGUUGUCGCUUCCAUAGCCUUAUUCUUGGCUUAUUUGUUUCGAUUUGGAAUGCUUUCCCAUGUGCUGAUAGUCGAUCUUAUCCGUGAAUUUCUACAGGGUAAUAACCUGUCUUGUGCGAAGGCGGCCCAUGUGGUGUGCACAGCUGUUGGUGUCAAUCUCCGCAAAGCGAAUAUUUCGUUAACUCACGAGUUGGUCGAUCUUGCAACCAAAAGGCUCAUCGCCUUGAAUGCUCAACGCAUGGACGAAAUCUGCGAACUGGAAGGUAUUAUACAGCUAUUGUCUGCAAAGCAUUCAAAGGAGGAGUGCGUUGUUCGAGCUACGCGUCUGAAGAAGAUGAUGCAUUCAUGGGUAAAAGGUGGAACGUUUACCGAAGGCAUGUGUUUGUCAGUGAGUUUGGAUGAUUUUAGACGUGGUGAAUCAAAAGGUCGUUGGUGGCUUGUGGGUUCAGCGCGACAGAAUGAAACUGAUUGUCCGCCGCUCCGUGGACUCGAGCAGUCUGAUUCGUCAUUGCGGCAUGAUUCUGAGGCAGAUCAGUUAAGACUGUCACCUGAAGUGGAAACGGCAGCAGCCACUUUGGGUCUCAAGACCGUUGCCAGACGCACGCUUCUGAAUAUUCUUCUGUCGACACCUGGUGGGCCAGAAGCUACAGCUAACGCUUUAGCUGCUACUUGCAGAGAAAGGUCCCAAGAGCGCGAAAUGAUUCAGAUUGUCCUCCAUUGUUUAAUGGCCGAAGAACCUUUCAAUCGCUUUUACGCUAGGGUGCUAGGCAGUUUUCUCAGUUCACAUCGGAAAUUUCUGAUGAUGGUGAAAUGCGCUUUCUGGGAUGUCAUGAAGAAAGUCGAUCUCUCGGUAAACGCGAAGGCGAAUGCCGGAAGGGCCCUCGGUUUACUGGCUUCCGUCUACGAUUUGCCUCUAACUGUUUUAAAGAACUUCAAUUUCGGUGAUAAAUCAGAUGGUAAUAUCUCUUUCCUGCGACACGUUUUCGUGGAGCUGUGCACCGGAGAAUAUCAAAAAGUCUUGACAAAGCUGAGUCAAUUAAAUUGCUACACUCGGUUGUGUCACAAUUGCCGAAUAUUCAUGCGGAAACACUUUGGAUCAGAUCCGAAUGAGAACCUCAAAGCUUUCAUUAUGAAACUAGUCAGUGACCUGCGAGAGACCGAAUUACAUGAUGUUAUUACAUUUGUACAAUAGAUCAUCUCGUGCUGCUGAACCGAUACGUAUCAUUGAUUCUUUUUGAUUUCUUUUCAA